GGUGAAUAUUGGUUGUAUCCUACAGUAACAAAUGGAAAGAGGGUGAAGAUUUAUUGUCAUGACAUGCAGAGAGGUCCGAAGGAGUAUGUCACUCUGAAGUAUGAAAACUCCUUUGUUCAACACGACGAUUCAAAUUGGUUAAGUAAAUACGAACGAUGCACAUCUACAUUUACGCCUCCACUAAAGAAAGCAGAUUUUUUGAAAGUGGCCAUUAACAUAGAGGAUAUGUCUGUGAAUGGAACAGAUUAUACGUUCGCAGUGCCUACAGGGGAUUUCAGUCUUUCUUUUGGACAAACAGCUGACUGUGCUGCAGAAAAGUCGAGGAAAAACUGUUUUCGAUUUUCCAGUGCAAAAAUCAAUACUCGAGGAACAGGGAUGAUUUUUGAUCCUACUAUUGUAUUCGGUAAAGUGGGAGGCUGGGCUACUGGUAUACUGGAUUUUCAGCGUUCAGCAGACGGAGCGGAAGUGUCCUUCCGGUGUGCAGGAUGGUGUGGAAAAUGUGGUCCAGUUGAAGAAAUGAAGUUUAUUUUGACAACAGAAGCGGUUCCCGUUUCCGAAGCACAGUCAGUGAUUUGUCCUGUGAAAUAAACUCCAUGGUCCCAGAAAUCACCCUCAUCAUAAAGAGAAUGACAUUCUCUUCUGAAAAAAAGAAUUUGGAACCUCUGACUUCAACAAUAAUUUAAAAUUGAUUUUCCUU